AUAACCACAAAAUUUAAUAUUAUGCGUAUAACUUAAACGUAAAAUGAUUCCAAAUUUAGAUACGCGUCAACAAAAUGUUGAUGACCCGGUGGAAGAAAUGUUAAAAAAAACUGGUUGUAUGGAAUUACAUUAUGAAGUUCAAGAGUGUAUAGUAGAAACUCAAGAUUGGAGAAAGUGUCAAGAGCAAGUAAAAAGAUUCAAAGUAUGUAUGGACAAAUAUCAAAAAAAGAGAGAAGAGUCAUACUUGAAUAAAUAAACAUGUCGUUAAUGAAUUAUAUAAAA